AUGGGGGAGGGGCAGUGGAGAGAAAGCCAGCUUCUGCCAUGACCGGGCUGUGUCCUCCCUCCUCCAGGCCAAUAGCAGCUGCUGACCGCCCUCCCCUCAGCCAUGGACACCCUUGGCUAUCCUUCAUCGGUGCCCACGACCUCGGAACCUGGGAACACCUCCUCAGUCUGGCCCCUGGAUGUCACCCUGGGAAAUGCAUCCUCAGCCCCGAGCACAGCAGGGCUGGCCAUCAGCGGUGUUCUGAUCCCACUGGUCUACCUGGUGGUGUGCGUGGUGGGCCUGCUGGGCAACUCGCUGGUCAUCUACGUGGUCCUGCGGCAUACGGCCAGCCCGUCGGUCACCAACGUCUACAUCCUCAACCUGGCGCUGGCCGACGAGCUCUUCAUGCUGGGCCUGCCCUUCCUGGCUGCCCAGAACGCCCUGUCCUACUGGCCCUUCGGUUCCCUCAUGUGCCGCCUGGUCAUGGCCGUGGACGGCAUCAACCAGUUCACCAGCAUCUUCUGCCUCACCGUCAUGAGCGUGGAUCGCUACCUGGCCGUGGUGCACCCCACCCGCUCUGCCCGCUGGCGCACGGCGCCCGUGGCCCGCACAGUCAGCGUGGCCGUCUGGGUGGCCUCAGCCGUGGUGGUGCUGCCCGUGGUGGUCUUCUCGGGCGUGCCCCGUGGCAUGAGCACCUGCCACAUGCAGUGGCCCGAGCCGGCGGCGGCCUGGCGAGCUGGCUUCAUCAUCUACACGGCCGCGCUGGGCUUCUUUGGGCCACUGCUGGUCAUCUGCCUCUGCUACCUGCUCAUCGUGGUCAAAGUGCGCUCUGCUGGCCGGCGGGUGCGGGCACCCUCGUGCCAGCGGCGGCGGUGCUCCGAGCGCAGGGUCACACGCAUGGUGGUGGCCGUGGUGGCGCUCUUCGUCCUCUGCUGGAUGCCCUUCUACGUGCUCAACAUCAUCAACGUGGUGUGCCCGCUGCCUGAGGAGCCUGCCUUCUUCGGCCUCUACUUCCUGGUGGUGGCACUGCCCUAUGCCAACAGCUGCGCCAACCCCAUCCUUUACGGCUUCCUCUCCUACCGCUUCCAGCAGGGCUUCCGCCGGGUCCUGCUGCGGCCUUCCCGCCGGGUGCGCAGCCACGAGCCCCCUGCGGGGCCUCCGGAGAAGACCGAGGAGGACGAGGAAGAGGAUGGAGAGAAGGGUGGGGAGAAGGGGGCAGGGAAGCCAGGGGAGAGGAAGGAGGAGAACAGCCGGGUCAGCCAGAUCACACAGCCCGGCACCAGCGGGCAGCAGCGGCCGCCCAGCGGCACGGCCGGCAAGGAGCAGCAGUUCCUACCCCAGGAGCCCUCAGCUGGGGAGAAGUCGGGCACGCUGCACAUCAGCUAUCUGUAGGGGCCUGCAGAGGGCCAGGGUGGCCCGAGGACAAGGCAGAGGCUGUGGGUGUGCCUAGGGAGGCCACCCGAGGGGCCAGGGGCCCAUGAUGGGGUGUUCGGACGCCUGGGCUCUGAUCCCAGUGCUGCUGGGACUUGCUGCAUGACCUUGGAUGGGUCAGCUUCCCCUCUCUGGGCCUCGUGUUCUCUGUGACUCAGGGAUGGGAGUCAUUGGCCUGGACGAGCUCCGCCAAAUGAGAAGUCUGGAGGGCAUCACUGCUGGGCUGACCUU